AUGGGUAAAGAAAAGCUCCACCUUAACGUCGUCGUUAUCGGUCACGUCGAUUCCGGUAAGUCAACCACCACUGGUCACUUGAUCUACAAGUGUGGUGGUAUUGACAAGCGUACCAUCGAAAAGUUCGAGAAGGAAGCUGCUGAACUCGGUAAGGGUUCCUUCAAGUACGCUUGGGUUCUCGACAAGCUGAAGGCUGAGCGUGAACGUGGUAUCACCAUUGACAUUGCUCUCUGGAAGUUCGAAACUCCAAAGUACAACGUUACUGUCAUCGAUGCCCCAGGUCACAGAGAUUUCAUUAAGAACAUGAUUACUGGUACCUCCCAAGCUGACUGUGCUAUCCUCAUCAUUGGUGGUGGUGUUGGUGAAUUCGAAGCUGGUAUCUCCAAGGAUGGUCAAACCAGAGAACACGCUCUUCUCUCCUUCACCCUCGGUGUCAGACAACUCAUUGUCGCCGUCAACAAGAUGGACACCACUCAAUACUCUGAAGCUCGUUUCACAGAAAUUAUCAAGGAAACCCAAAACUUCAUCAAGAAGGUUGGUUACAACCCUAAGAACACCGCCUUCGUUCCAGUCUCAGGUUGGAACGGUGACAACAUGUUGGAAGCCUCAACCAACAUGCCAUGGUACAAGGGUUGGGAGCGUGAAACCAAGGCUGGUGUCCUCAAGGGUAAGACCCUCAUCGAAGCCAUUGACGCUAUCGAACCACCAACCCGUCCAACCGACAAGCCACUCCGUCUUCCACUCCAAGAUGUUUACAAGAUUGGUGGUAUUGGUACAGUACCAGUUGGUCGUGUUGAAACUGGUACUAUCAAGCCAGGUAUGGUUGUUACCUUCGCUCCAUCAGCCGUCACCACUGAAGUUAAGUCCGUUGAAAUGCACCACGAAUCAUUAGAAGCUGGUUACCCAGGUGACAACGUCGGUUUCAACGUCAAGAACGUUUCAGUUAAGGAUAUCCGUCGUGGUAACGUCUGUUCUGACUCCAAGAACGACCCAGCAAAGGAAGCUGCUUCAUUCAACGCACAAGUUAUUGUCCUCAACCACCCAGGUCAAGUUGGUGCUGGUUACUCACCAGUUCUCGACUGUCACACCGCCCACAUUGCUUGUAGAUUCUCAGAACUCGUUGAGAAGAUCGACAGACGUACCGGUAAGACCCUCGAAGCUUCACCAAAGUUCGUCAAGUCAGGUGAUGCUGCCAUUGUCAAGCUCGUUCCAACCAAGCCAAUGUGUGUUGAGACUUACAACGAGUACCCACCACUCGGUCGUUUCGCUGUCCGUGACAUGCGUCAAACCGUCGCUGUCGGUGUCAUCAAGUCAGUUGAGAAGACCGAAAAGGGUGGUAAGACCACCAAGGCUGCUGAAAAGGCCGGUAAGAAGAAGUAA